UGUCUGACAUCUAUAACCGCGCCGAUGUCUGGUUGUGGGAUUGUUCGAUGGCGCAGUACAGCAGUUGUCUUGCCGCAGUGGGGUUCACGAUCUUCAUUGGAGCACGAUAUAUGCCCAAGCGCAAUGCUUGCCUCGCGAGCACCCGCGCGCAUGCAAGGAUCGAGGUCACGUGCUCGGCGCGCAGCAGCUGCACGUCGCGAGCCAGGGAACGCGCCUCCAGUUCGAUUGCCUAGCUCGCUCGGUCGACCGUCUUGGGCCAUCAGCCGAUAAGAGUGAGCCACAUCGAAGUCAUCGAAUGCCUGCAUUGUGCUGCAGCUGCUGCUCCUGCUGUUCUGGUGUACCCUGACAAGGUCUACAGCGCUGGAAACAAGGAGAGAGUGGCAGUAAAGCCUAAAAUGCCCACAGAUUGCGACACAGAUUCACACCUAUGUAAUCUCAGAGGCACCGUCUCACGUGUCAUGAACGGUUAUGGGUUCAUCACAGUAGAACAACCACGUAGAUCUGUGUUUGUACACAGGUCAACUAUUUUAAACCCGAGGCCAAAUGACAUGAAGAAUUUAGGCCUAAAGGAAAAUGACAGAGUAAUCCUGGACGCCGAAGUAAGUCCAGAAAACUUUAAAGUACGUUACCAAGCGAUUCGCGUAAGACGUCUUGAAUCUGAGAAUGAAGCUGCCGCCAGCACCAUGAGUGUGUCAAUGCCUUGUGCAGAUAGCAAUGUGAAAUUAGAGAAUAAAGUGGGCACUAUUUGCUGCGUCAGCAGAGACGGUGGAUCUCUGAAGUUUGGUCCAAGAGAUGUACUCUGUGCAGUCUUUGACAGAAGCUGUAUUCCUGGAACACUUUUGAAGCCAUCCGAGAAAGUUUCAGAUAUUUUCUCUGUCGGCGACAAGGUCUGCUUUCAUGCGCGGGCUAUUAAGAACUGCACAGAGUUUCAGGUAACAUCGGUGACCACAGUCCGACGAGAAGAAUCUAGUGAAGUUUUUGUGUACGACACGGUGCCUACAGGAUAUGCAGUGAGUAAUGUAAAGAAAGAGGUAACCUGCACCAGCUACAGGGGCAAUGCAGAUGAAUGCUCCAACUGGAGAGGCAUUGCUACUGCCAACGAGUGCUCCAGUGUGAACAAGGGCCUCGCAAAUCAGCUCAUUUUUGUGCCGUUCACAUCCGACCCCCGUGUGCCUUUUCAGAAUCCUUGGAGCACAUUUGAAAAUGGUGCAUCAGCCAUGCACUCAGCCUGGCCACAACUCUCCAACGACCCCAAACUACCUGCUUCAGCAAAUGUCCUUCCUGGUCCCAUCAUUGCUAACAGCAGCAAGUACAGUCAGGUGUUCCAUACUGACGUUGCACCAACGAUGUCGGUGCCAGCUGUAAAGAACAGUGACACUGAAAAAAGGGAAGCGCUUCCAGCAGAGCUGAAUUUAGUCGACUGUGGAAGAAAAAUCUCCACCAUGGAACACAGUGCCCCAGCAAGUCAGGGCAAUGGGACGAAGAACAAGCCCAUUUUUCUGCCACCUAGUUGCAACAACCCUCCUGAAAAGCCGAAGUGCACACUCGAUGACGGCCAUUCCUCCAAGGAGUCCUGGGAGCACAACGUCCCUGUGCCGACAAGCCACCAUCCUGCUCCUGCCAGCACUGAUCGGCCGCCCAGAUACACAAUUACUUCCGAGAGGACAGCUGGACAAGGCUUCCACUUUGACACCACAUUUGUCAGCAACGGCGAAAAGCAGUGGGUCACACGAGCAAGUGACGGCCUGCCCACCACCGCUGCUGAUGAAAGGCAGGCAGCUGUGGCUGUUCCCACGAAAGGCAACGCAAGCAAUAAGCAUGAUGCUGUUGCAUUAGAAAAACUUGGCUUGGACAGUGGAUGUGUUAGCCACAACAGCAGCAACUCCAGUGGUCCACCUCCCUGGACAUCCACUGAGACAAGCUUAUCCUCCCCGGGGUGCCGCGUGUCUGUGCACAGUAAUGCGAAAGCAGUGGUUGAGCGAGUCCAAGAGCGCUCUGCAAGAGUCAGAUUUGAACUGGAGGGGAUCUCAAAUUCCAUAGAUGUUAUGGCAAUCUGUCUCUACAGGGAUGGCAGAAACAUCACGGGUGACCUCCGCUGCGCUCUAUCUGAGGGUGACGAGAUCAUGUUAGACUACAUGAUUGGAAGCACAGGUUGUGAGCUGUUAAUCCACUGCAAUGCGGCCUGGCAGGGGCAGAAGCCACAGGGAGUGCCUUACGCCACUCCAGAAGAGUUUCUAGAGAUGCUGUAUGCCUACAGGGCCAGCGAUGAGGGAUCCCUGCCAUCUGCUGACUGGCGGAGCUCUGAUCGCAACUGUCCCUCAGUGAAGAGCUACAAAACAAUGGUGGACCGAGAGCAGCUGCCGUUGCAGGCAGCGGAAGCACCCGGAACAGCUGCAGGAGUUUGCCACGAAGACCGACAGGCUCUUGAUGAAGUAACCCUACAAAGGUUGGCCACACACAUGAAGAAGGCAGUCCAAGGCCAGAUUCACCAAGUGAUGCAGAGGGUGAAGCUUGAAUCCUUGAGGCGCUUCGGCAUCCCUGAGGAAGCAAUUGGCGUGAGCAGUGAUCACAACGGUCCCUCAGUGGAGAGCUAUAAAACAAUAGUGGACCCGGAGCAGCUGCCGUUGCAGGUGGCGGAAGCACCCGGAACAGCUGCAGGAGCUGGCCACGAGGACGAAGAGGCUCUUGAGAAAGAAAUAAUGGAUAGGGUGUCUACGCAGCUCUGGAAAGAAAUUCCAAAAGUCAUUCACAGUGUGCUGCAGGCCAUCCGGCUGAAGUUCCUGGUGCAGUGGGGGAUUGCUACAGAAAACUACAGCGGUUACUACAGCGGUUAACUGAGGUACACUUGAGUGACAACUCAAGCUGGAGUGGUCUGUUCCACAGCAGUCAGUGGCACUUCAGCAUGAACUUUUGCAGUGCCUCAAAUCUGCUCCAAAGCUUUGCUGCGACUACCACCACUGCUCUGUGAUAAACAGCUUUCUUUUU